GUAUUUGUGGCGUUGGAUCUACGGUUCCGUACGCCGUCAUAUAGAAUAUUUCGCACGAGAUUAUUUUUCGCAUUAGGUGGUAGCGCCUUUCUUCCCGUCCUUCACGUUAUGUCAAUUUAUGGGGUGGCCUUGACUUACGAUGUUAUCGCACUUAAAUGGAUGAUGAUAACAGCACUUCUAUAUGUGUUCGGGGCUGUAGUUUACGGGACAAGAAUGCCCGAGAGCCUGUUUCCUGGAUCAUUCGACAUCUGGGGUUCUUCACAUCAAAUAUUUCAUUCUUUCGUCUUAGCUGCCACCUUAACUAAUUAUUAUGGUGUCAUGCAGACGAUGUCAUUCUGGCAUGAAAAAAACCAUGAAUGUCAGCUUGAUAUAGGUUUUAAAUAUGCUACACAGACAGGAGUAGAAUUUAUGUACAAAUAUUUCGUGUCAACCAUAGUGUUCGGUGUCAUAUUGAUUUUGACGAUUGAUUGUGGUCCUGACCUUGUUAUGUGGAUUUUCUCAGGGAUGCGUAAUGAUUUUUUUGCAAGACUCAAAGGGGUUAAAAGAGAAGUUGAUGAAUUAGAGUCUUAUUUAUUAAAGAGAGCGAGACAGGAGAAGAAUUGUGCCAAAGAGUUAGAUCAAAGGAUGGUUACUUACGAAGAAGUAUACAUUGACCAGGCGAACAUAUCACAAAAUCCAUCAUAUAUUGGUGACGAGGAUUCAAAUCGAUCACAGGAACCGACAGAUACUUCAAAUAUAUUUGUUGGUGAUCUUCAUGAAUAUCAAGACUAUUCAAAUACUUCGUUCGCGUCACCAUCUAAAAAAGGAGAUACAUUUUUUUCAAUGUCAUAUAAAGUCGGAAAAGGUCUUCGGACGUCUCCAUUUGCAAUGAGUUUGCCCGCCGUAGAGAAUCCACACUUUGAGGCAACGUGCACGCAACUUUCAUUGGUGAACAAAGGUGAGUGGCCAUCACCGCCAAGGAAAGAACCUUGUAGAUACAUUAGUAAUACAAAUGGUGCACAUCUCAAAUUAAGACUUGGUCAUCCAGAAGAAUUAUGUGUGCGCAAGACAG